GUCAGCUCAGCAUUGCCUAGUGAUCCUAUAAAUGUAACUCAGGGCAACAUAGGUUGGCUGUUGUAAUUCUUGUUUUUCUAAAACACGUGGAUCUGUAUCGAUGUGGUUGUCCUCGAUGUGCUCGAUGAGGUCUGCCAGGGUGGGGAAGUGGAGUCCGCAGCCCCCGAAUCGGCAGGUAUUGGAGAAGAAGGAGGCGGCGGCGAUGCCUGUCAUGGUGCUACAUCGAGAGCCCCCCUGGUGUCGGCUCUGCCUGGCCUUUAACUUUUUCAUCAGGAUAAUUGACCAGAUUGAUAAACUUGCCUCCAUUUUUCUAUCGACCGAGUUCAGAUUAUAGUGGCUUCUCAUCAGCAUCCCAAGAUGAGCCCCGAAGAGACCAUCAAAGCUGGCAGAAAAAGAAACUAAUUUUGAAAACGGAGGGAUUAAGUGAGGGUGACAAAAGGAUUCAGUUUCCAGAAUGCCUGACAUUCAGGAAAGGGAUCAUCCUUUGGGUUGUGAAAAAUCCCAGUUGAUAGCCCCUGAUCAUAGCUUCACUGUAGUGCUUUGUGAAAACUGGCAUUAUCAAGGCAGGGAAUACAAAUCUUGAAAGGAUAAAAGAAGUUUGGUUAUGAACAACUGAAGAGUUGUUGGUGCUCCAGGUGUGUUAGGUUUGGUGAUGAAGGUAUCCCCUGGACAAAAGACAUUUUUGUAAUUUUGCUCCAUCAAAAGAUGGAAGAGCUUUGUCUGACCACAAAACUAUUCCUCCUUUCUUGGUCCCUUCAUAGCAAAUGACUCUUUAUACCUCUCAGUUGUGCAAGCCCGAAAUUUAGGUACCACUUUUCACUGUUCUCUGUACAUUAUUACCCUGAUACCCAAUUAAUACCAAGCCUCCUAUCUUUUGAAUACCCCUUUGCCCUAGACACUCUGCUCUGGCCUUAGUUUAGGCCAUCAUCACACCUCAUCUAAAUCAUCACCAUAGUCUUUCUUUGUUUUUCCUAUCUGAAGUCUUGCCACCCUUCAUCUGUUCUCCACGCUGCAGUCAGAGAGAUGGAGAAAGUCAGACUAUUUGAAAUAAUGUUGAUUUCUGUGAGAAUACUUUUUAUUCAGAAUGUAUAUGUUUUAUUGUCUUUUCCUGUUUCCUACAAAAGAAAAUGAUGGACUAGGAAGUGUGGGCGAUAGGAUCUUGGCCACAGACUGAGGGAAUUCUUUUUCCCCCCACAGAAUCAACUAAAAAGUUAUUUUUUUCAAUUUGCUCAAAAGCGAGUCAUCAAUUCUUUGAGAUCUUAAAUGUCAUCCUUCUCAGUUUAGGUUAAGAGCUUUGCAGAAAUAUGUUUUCAGAGGGCUUACAGAAAAAGGGAUUUCAUUAUUUAGCUGUUUGGGAUUAUAGUUUCAGUUUUCUGUUAUAAUAGAAAGGUGUACUUAGAAAGGCAACUUAAAUCAGGGGUGAAGAAUAGCAAUGAAGAUUCUAGUCAAGGUUCUCCUGAAUUCUGAACAAAAGUUGUCUUUCCUAGUCAAUUCUGAUGGUUAGGGAAGAGGGCAGCAAAUUGUUGACUCUUUAUUGUAUCAAGUGGGAGACAUGUUAUCUCAUUAGCUCUCUGACAUAGUUAUUACCAGCAGCAAAUUUUACAAAUAAGAAUACUGAAAAAACUUGCUCCAAGAUUCUAGAUCUGCUAAGUGGGAAGCCAGGAAUCAAACCCAGGACAUGGCAGUCUGCAUGGGUAAGCGUGGCUUUCCACCACCUUGACAUAGAUGUUGCUUUUAAUACUCAAAAAAAAAAUCUUUUAUCAGGUGGGGUUUCCCAUUCUUUUGAUACGGUUCUUAAGGUUCAGUGUUUGAAACUUGCCCUGCAUCAGUCAGUAAGUAGCAAAGCAGAGAUUGAGAUUCAUGCUUGACUGCUUCUGGAGUCCAUGAGUCUCAGUGAUGUCUCCCAAGAGAGUGUCUGUUUAUCGUCUCACAAAGGUGACUAACAGUUAAAUAAUGGUUUCCAGAAGUGAUAGCUAGCAAUAAUCAUAAAAAUACAUUAUCAUAAAAAUAUAAUAAUCAUAAAAAUACUUCACAGUGUAACAUAUGUGCUUAGCAAAUAUUGUUAAAAUGAGGUUUUGACCAAUAAAGUGUCAGGGAUGUUAGUAUAAAUUAGUCAAAAGGGUGAGGGUUUCUUUAAAACUUGAUCGGGGCAAUUUACUCCCUAUCGGAUUCUCAUUCAGUUCUGAGCAAAAUGAAGGGCUCCAUUUUCACUCUGUUUCUACUCUCUGUCCUAUUUGCCAUCUCAGAGGCGAGGAGCGAGGAGAUUGUGAAGCUCUGUGGGCUGGAGUACAGAAGAACAGUCAUAUACAUCUGCGCCAGCUCCAGGUGGAGAAGGCACCUGGAGGGAAUCCCUCAAGCUCAGCAAGGUGAGAAAAGAAACUACUUUCAACUCCCAAAUAGACAUGAGGCUUCUGAGGAAAACAUAGCCCAGGACCUGCCCAAAGUGGAUUCCUCAGGCGAGGAACAUGUUGGGGAUGGACAGAUAUCCACGGAAAGGCGUUGGGAGUCAAAGAAACAUUUGGUGAUGUCAAGACAAGACUUAGAAACUUUGUGCUGCAAGGAGGGCUGUUCCAUGACUGAUCUGAGCACACUUUGUUAAGGCAAAAGCAAAUUCUCCAUGGGUGGCGGAGCUUUAGCAUGCAUUUAAUCUCCUUGUUCUACUGCCUUGUAGGAUGCUAGUAUUCCAUCAUAGAACAUGGCUUUCAGUUGGCAGGUUUUUUCUAAAAGCUGUAUCUAGUGGUUAAAAACACAGUGACGCCUAUUUUCUCCCUUUGCCAAGGUGAAUGCACUCUUUUCCAAUUCUAAAUAAUGCUUUGACAUUUAAAAUA